AUGGAAGUGCUAACGGAGGGUCACUCCAAGCUUCUUGCCUUGACCUGGCCAGAGUCAGGGAGGACCGCACCCGUUGCAGAGGCCUUGUGCGUCCCGAUCAUGAAAAGGCGGGAGGGAGUCAUGCUCUGCAUUCCUUGCGGCUUUUUGUCUCUUGCGGCCCUGGACGAGGGCGACGGUGCCGAGGCUCUGUCUUUGAUGGGCCCUUCUUUUCAGUGCACGGUUCCCUUUGGGACGCUGGACGAGCAAGGGGCCGAGCAUCCUCUGGACAUAGAGGCGGCAGUCCUCUUGCUGGAUGUGAGCGUCGACGUCCUUCCCUUGUUGAGGGAGGUGGGGGACGACAUGGUGUCAGACACCAUCUUCCCGUUCGUCAUGCACCAGCCCGAGGCUUUUCCCCUCUCAGAGGAUCUCCUGGCCGCAGCCAGGAAGUGGAUUGCGGAGUCCCCCGAGGACCGGUGCGCCUUCUAUUCGGCUCAGGAGGAACCGCCUGCCGAAGAGCCCGCAGUAGAAGGAAAGGCCAAAGCCAAGAAAGCCCAGGCAAAGCGAAAGGUCACCACGGCGGACCUUGCGCAGCAGAUGUCCCUCCUCACGACUAUGUUGCCGCAACUUGCCGAGCAACUUACGGCCGUCAAGGAGAGGCAGGAACAGCUGGAGAAGCAUGUGCAACCAGGCGCCUCCGAGCCGGCUCCCAGCCCUGCAAAGCCUGCUCAUCAACAGCCUUUUCUCCCGCCUCGUGGCCCUGGACUUCCUGUGGCCAAACAGGCCUCGCUGCUAGGGCCUCCUCCGAGGACAAGGCCCGUGGAUCAAGCUGGUGCUGCGGCUGUUGUGCCGACUGUCUUGGCCGAGAAGCCUCCAUCGGCUCCGGCCCCCGCGGAUGCUUUCCAAGCGGCCAUGCUUCAGCAGAGCCAGGCCUUGUCGGCCCUAGUCGGGCAACUCGUGGCUCAGCAAGACGGUGGGCUGGGCGACCUAUCCGCCUCAGGCUCUACGAGCUAUGUGGGCUCGAAAGGUGCUGCCCGUCGGGAGAAACUCCAGAGUGCCCUUGCCGCCCGGAGCGGGGACUUCUACCUUGCUGUGCUUCAGGCGGCUUCGCGGAGGAUGCGCCCGUCUUCCCCUUGCCCGACAUCCGUCGAAGACUGCUCGGGUCAGGUGUCCAUGUGCCAGUACCUCGAGCGGUUCGGUGGCUACGCAGGGCACCGCGAGACAGGUUACAUCAUGUGGUCUUUGGCUCAUAUCAUGGAUUGCUUGACGGCCGAGGAUUACGCUGGGGCCCGCGAGCACGUUGCCCUGACCGCCGUGGCGAUCGACCAGUCGGUCAUAGACGGUGGCCGUUGGGACUUUGCAUGGCUCCUGACGUUGUUGGAAGAGCCACCGGCCCAGCUCUUUCAUGGAAGGGGGCUGGUUGCGAAUCCGAGGACAAGGGCGUUCUCGCCUUUGUCCCCGGUCGGCUGGACCACAUGUGCCCUUCAGUAUCUCAAGGAGGUCGACCUGAUAACGACCAGGAGGCUGGAGACCUUAGGGCCCACGCGGCAGCAGGCCGCCCCACCCGCCGGGGAAAGCGAGGGACAGGACGCCAACAAGCCAAAGAAGGGGCCGCGGCUUGCCAAGCCUGCGCCGCCUUCUGAGGUGAUCUUCCCGAUGCCUCUUCCUUCUGUUGGCUCCUUUGCCAGCUUCUCUCUGGAGCGCAGCCAGCGUUUUCGGAGGCGUGUUAUGCACCACCGUCUCCUGCACAUUGUGUGUAUGGCUUUGAAUUUCCUGCACUCGAACUUUGUGCCAAUCCCUCUCUCUGUGCUCCAGCGGCCCUUGAAUGCUGCACAGCGAAGUCUUGUUGCGCAUCUUGGCCGGCAUUUGAAGGCGUUCGGUGCCUCAGCCGGUGAGUUUGUUCUUGCCGACUCCGGCCGCCGCAAUCCCCAAUUAAUUGCAAGAUUGUCUGAGCUAACGAGUUUUCUUGCCGCAUCCGCUGCGGCCACGGGGGACCCUUAUGCUGAUCGUUCAGGCACUGUCGUCCCAAUGCACAACGAGGCCCAUGCCGGGCUUGACCCCUUCCGGAGUCUGAACACCUCUCGCCUGAAGCUCUCGGGGCAGGGCCUUUGGAAUCCCUUGCCCCAUCUUCCCGAGGAGCUUUACAUGGCUUUUGCCGAGCCCCGGUCCUUACUACAUGGGCUGCCACCUCCGGCUUCCUUUGUCCCGGUCUGGACCCGAGAGUCCCCUUCUGAGGUUGCCUCUUUAGCUAGGCUUUGGGAUAGUUUGGGGUUGCUUCGCCUCACGCCGGCCUUGCUUUCACCUUCGGAGAGCUAUCUCCUUGCCAGGGCCUUCAACUGCUACAAGGGGCCGGACAAGGACAGGAUGAUCAUUGACCGUAGGGGCCAGAACUGGGCCGAAUCCCGCCUCUCAGGUCCCAGCCUUUACAUACCUGUUGGGCCCAUGUUGGGGAUGCUGGAAGUUCGGCCGCAUGUUCAGUCCGUCUACUGCGCCGCGGCUGACAGGAAAGAUUUUUACCAUCAGCUUCGGGCUACUGGGCCUAAGGCGCUUUCCAACCGUUUGGGCCCAGCCCUUCCCCUGGUUGCUGUUCGGGACAUGCAGGCCUUCCAGCACUUGCUUCCUUCCGAGGGGCCCGGUGGUGCCUGCGACUCCGCCGGCCGGCGCUCUGCUCGAAGAGCGUCUCUUCUUUUUGACCCAGGGCAUUAUUUUGUAUGCUUUGGGGCUGUCGCGCAAGGAGACCAUCUUGGGGUAGAGGUCGGAACUUCAGCCCACGAGAAUGUUCUACUUGCUGGGGGCCUUCUCUCCGAGGAUGUUAGGCUGUGCUCCAAUCGGCCCUUCCGUGGCCUCACCGAGGCCCAGGGCCUCGUCAUUGACGAUUAUUUCGCCCUCUGUGUCAAGGAUCUCCGGGAUCCUUCUGGCCCUGUGUGUGUGGACCGGCUCCGGCUUGCCAAGGACAUCUACCAACAUGAGGGGCUGGUCGGUUCGGAUGAUAAGGACAUUUGGGGCGAGCCCAAGGCCAAGAUAGCCGGUGCUGAAAUCUGUUCGGGCCCGGAGACCCGCUCUCGAGGGCUUGUUACCGUUGCGGCCCCAGCUGAGAAAAGGAUCGCCUUGUCGCUUCUUUCUCUUGAAGCUGCCCGGCUUUCGCAUGUGACCGACGCCCUUUGGCUUUCGCUUGUCGGCAGUUGGACGUCGGCAGCCCUGUUUCGCCGGCCGCUCAUGGCUGUGUUCUCUGAGGUCUACAAGGUUGCCCCUGCAGGUGCUGCAAAGGCUUCUAGGCCGAAGCUGUUUUGCUUGACGAGCCGGGCGGCUGCCCAGGAAAUUACUCUUGUGAGUGUUCUGGCUCCUUUGGCUGCCUGCGACCUUUCGGCACCCUUUGUUGAGGAGCUCUUUGCUACCGAUGCCUCGGAGCAGAAGGGCGGGUACACAGUUGCCCCGCUCGGUGUUGAGGUGAUUCGGCCUCUUUGGCGCACGGCCUCCCGCAAAGGGGGUUACAGCCGCCUCUUUUCAAAGGAGGAGAUGGUCCUUGCCCGCUUUGAAGAUAGAGAACCCUUUGACCUCAGGAUGGUUGAUGAAGGUGAUGUGUCGGACCCGUCCUGGCCGCUUGCAUACCAUUUUGACUUCCUUGAGGUCGGCGCUGCAGGAGGUCGUGUUUCGGAGCUACUGCGGGCCAGAGGCCGAGUUGUUGGCCCGGUCAUUGACCCUGCCAACAGCCCCUUCUACGACCUCUCGGCCGACCGAACCUUUGAGUGGCUUUGCUUCCUGCUGCAGCACAACCGGGUCAAGUGCCUCUUUGUUGUGGUUCCACCGUCUGUGCUGGGCUCUUCUCAAGCCCCUGGUUGUUCUGAAAAGCGCGGCCUUCGAAGGCCCUCCUCCGUCGCUUGCCGUAGCCUUGCCUUGGUUGCGUGUGCUCGUGCUUGCGGGGUCCUGGCUCUGCUCUUGUACCGUGGCGCUGAGGGCCCGGUGCUUGCCUCGCGUUUGUCGCGUUUGCGGGCCUUUGGAGCCAUCCCUGGUUCCACGUGUUUUUGUGCUUUCGGGAGCGCUGGCUGCUUGGAUUGCAAGUUCCUCGCUUUUGGCCUUGACCCGUCUCCCUUGACAGUGCCUUGCUGCCGCCGGCCCUUUAGAGCCAGGCAGCCUGCUCAUCAGCAGCCUUUUCUCCCUCGCCUCUUGGCCCAGGCUUUGGCCACUGAAUUCGACUCUGCUCUGCGUCGUGUGUCCCAUGUGAAGUCUCUUCGGCGUCUCCAGCCACUUGGUCUCGAAAACCAUCUCCUGAAUGAUAUUGUGCUGUCCCUGCAUUGGGAAGUUGGCGACAGUUGGUGCUGGCGGUCUGCCUCCCACAUCAACAUCCUGGAAACAGCUUCUGUGCUCAGGCUGAUCCGCACGUUGGCGCGCCGCGGGCCCUGUCGUGUUGUGAUCUUGGUGGACUCCUCGGUUGCACUCCAUUCCUGCGCCAAGGGCCGCAGCCCGUCUAGAGGCCUCAGCCCUGUUCUGAGAAAGAUCGCUUCCCUUUGCCUCCUUGCAGGCAUUUAUCCUGCCUUCCACUUCGUGCCGACUCGCUUGAAUCCGGGCGACUGUCCCACCAGGGACCUUGUGCUUCCAGACCCUGCCCCUGCUUCCUUCUGGCCUGGACUUGGCAUCGAUGAACUAUACGAGGGGCUGGCCUUGCCCAAGCUUCGCAGGUGGGCUUCGAAUUGGGCUCGCUUGGUCUGCCUAGUUGCCUCGUGCCCUCCUGCCUUCAGACCUCACCUUGGCUGGCGUCAGCACCACUGUGGCUCUCGCCUCUUUGAUUCCACCCUCGGCUUCCCCGGUGAAGGGCCUUUCUUCAGGGUUUUCGGGGUUUUGGGUUGGUUUCAGGUAGCUCUCGCCAUGCCUAGCCAUGUUUUGCUGCCCCGCCACGCUGCCGAUGAAAAGCGUUCUGCUGCGAGGGCCACUGCGAUUCUGGUCGAAGGUCGCCCAGUUGAGCCAGUGACGCAACGGCGUCGCGACAAACUGCUCGAAGCUUUUGGGAGUUGGCUGCUGGAUCAAGGCGUUGUCUUUAGCGACCUCUUCGACCUGUCUCCUUUGACUACAAAAAAGCUGAAUGGCUAUUUGGUGGGCUAUGGAAGGCAGCUUUUUGAUGCUGGUUGGCCUUAUUCCCACUACUCCGAAGUUAUCAACGCCAUAUCAAGUAAAGAGCCUGCUUUGCGAAGGUCUUUGCAACCGGCCUGGGACCUGGCUUUUGCUUGGCUGAGGGAGGAGCCCCAUUCUCAUCAUGUUGCUCUUCCCUGGCAGGUUCUUCUUUCAGCGAUCACGCUAGCACUGCUUUGGGGCUGGCCGCGUGUUGCUGGGAUGCUGGCUUUGACUUGGGGAGCUGUCAUGCGAGUUGGUGAAACUUUGGCCGCCCGCAGGUGCGACCUUCUGUUGCCGGAGGAUGUACAACACACCAUUGGUUAUGCUCUGGUUUCGAUAAGUGAGCCGAAGACCCGCUUUAAAGCUGCCCGCCACCAAUCGGCUAAGCUGGACCAACCAGACCUUCUGGAAAUAGUGCAGUUUGCUUUUGGCAGCCUGAGCCCGGAGAGCAAGCUCUGGCCUCUUUCGCCCUCGACCCUGCGGAGCCGCUUUGAUUCUCUGAUGGUGAGACUGGGUACCCACCGCUGGGAAGGCCAAGGGUCUCGGUCCUUGGACCUUGGCUCGUUGAGAGCCGGUGGUGCGACCUGGCUGCUUCAAACUUCAGAGGACUCUGAGCUGGUUAGGAGGCGAGGGCGAUGGCUCAACAGCAGGACAAUGGAGAUUUAUAUUCAGGAGAUUUCGUCGAUCCAGUUCGUGCAUCGACUGACUUUGGAGACGCGCCGUCGAGUCUUCUCCCUGCUGGACUCUUUCAGGUCAGUGCUGCUCCUCUCGAAGCAGCUGCAGGAAGCAUCGACGCCGUGCCAUCAGUGGUUUUUCUUCUUUGCCGGUGGCGCGCGCCAUUCGUAA